UCGGUAGCUUGCUAGCCGACAUAAAACCGAAUAAUUGAAGCUACUUUGACUAUUUUGUGUAUAUGAAUAUGUGUUUUAGACACAAUUAUUUGUACGUAUAUAGGAGUUAACUUAACGUACUUGUUCAAUGUAUUAAUUUGUUCAGAUUGAUUUGAUUCUGAGCCUCGCACUAGACUAGUCGCUAAUGCUACCUAGCUAGCAUACGUCCCUUACCAUGAGCUCACUAAGCUACUCGCCCCUUGCUAAAGAAGAGGAUGUCUAUUGGACGGAGAAAGGAGCUCUGGAGCUGAACAUUGUCGUAAAAGAAGAAGAUGAUAAUAGUACAGUGAAAGAAGAAGAAGCUUUCAGAAUCAAACAGGAGGAAAUCACACCGACAGAAGAACAGGAGGAUGGUGUCGUGAAAAAAGAGAAAGAUCUUUUUGGAGUGAAAGAGGAAGAGGGGAUAGAGGCUGUCACGGUGGUAGAGGAGGAGGUAGAAGCUUUCAGAAUAAAAAAGGAGGAAGAGGAGUCUGUUAUCGUGAAAAAAGUAGAAGAACCUUUUAGAGAGGAAGAGGACGAUAUCUCAAUGAAGGUAAAGGAGGAAGAUGUUUUGGGAGUGAAAGAGGAGGAAGGAGAUGAAGAGGAGACUGAAGAUCUGAUUAACACCAAAGAGAGACCCGACUCAGAGGAACCAGAGACGUCUGAACCAGUGAGACGACACCACUGCUCCCAGUGUGGAAAGAGUUUUAACCAUUUAGGGAAUCUUAAAAACCACAAGAGAACACAUGCAGAGAAGAAGUCUUACAACUGCUCUCAGUGUGGAAUGAGUUUUACCCGGUCCGGGAACCUAAAAUCGCAUGAGAGAAUACACACAGGAGAUAAGCCUUACCAAUGCUUCCAAGGAGGGGGGGGGACAGGGGAGGAUGACCUGGGAGAGCUUGAGGAGGAGGAUGACCCCACUAGCUCCUUGCACGCCCUCAAUGAGAGUCUCCCACCAGUCUCUCCACUCAGGAAGACCAGUCCACCGCCCCCUGAUCCCACCCAACCCAUCCCAGCUACCAGUCCACCACCCCCUGAUCCCACUCAACCCAACCCAUCCCAGCUACCAGUCAUCACAGCCCCCUGA